UUUACAUUCCUUUCGUCAAUGUUUGCCGAUAAGCGCGAUGAAUUAAUACAAUAAUCGUUUAAUUGUUUCUAAAUUCUUCAGUUUGAUUGCUAACGUUCUUUCCGAUGUCAAACACGAAAUGGUAAACAUUUGUUUAACGGGUGAAACGAUAUUAAAAUCGCACCGAAUUGGUUAAAGAUAUUCGUGCUUUAUUUGAAAUAUGAUGUAUUCAAAAACUCCGCUGUUACUUUUCAUAUUUAUCGCUAUUAUAAAAUUUGUGUCUCCGUACAAUGAUUUUUUUGACGAAGAAUUGAUGUUAAAGCCAUUGCCAAGCAGUCAUGUUUACGCAUACUUUCAAUUUACUACGGUAUGGGAGACAUCGAAGGAAGCGAAGAUGUUACAACAUUCCCAUUUAUUCCCAAGAGGACUCGGUGAAAUUAUAAGUCGUCAUGGUGUAAACGAAUUACAUCUUACUUUAACCAAAGGACUGUGGACUUAUGAAAAAUGGGGAUACCCUUAUCACGAUGCUGGUCCUGGUGCAGAAAUAACCACAUGGUUUAACAAAGAUGUUACAAACGUCGACGAUGAAUGGAAAAGUCUGACUAAUGCGUUAGCCGGAUUAUUUUGUGCUUCUUUGAAUUUUGUUAAUCCUUCGAACAGUAUGUCUCCAGAAUUUACAUUCCAUCCCACGGGUGUUGCACAAAAUAACACCAAUUCUAGUCAUUUACGUUAUUCAUCGUUACCAAGAGAAAUAGUUUGUACAGAAAAUUUAACACCGUUCAAAAAAUUACUUCCAUGUAACUCUAAGAAGGGUUUAGCAACAUUAUUAAAUUCCGCAUAUAUUCAUAACACUAAUUAUCAUUCUAUUGGAAUACAUUUUCGAGUAAUAUGUUCAAACGCAAUAUGUACAAACACAUCGUUGGAAUUAAAACAGACUGUUUCAUUGAUAUAUGACACCAUGGUAGAUUCAUUACAGGAUUGGUCAGUUCGAAAAUUCUUUGGAAUGGGAAUUAAGGGAGCAUGCCCCCUUGCUACCCUAAGCAAUAUAUACGUUGACGUAUCUAAUAACAAUACGAAUGAAGUUUAUUCGUUACUGCCACCUCCGAGUGCUAAAAUUACGAGUCUUCGCGGAGGGCAACUGAACGAAAUAGCCAUUUAUGACAUCAGGUCUCAUUCUGCAAAAGGAAUGUUUAAUAUUGGAGUUGUACAUAGUACUGGCUUUAAAGCUAGCAUAAAUUAUCCUUCAAUUUUGUUUGCAAACAGAUACAUUAUCGGAUAUGGGCAAGAAAGAGGUAGCUUAGUAACGAAACUUUAUAAUAAUUACUGGAAGCCGUUUGACAUUGUUUUAUUAGAAAAUAUUCCAUGGUAUUUACCAGUAUAUCUACAUUCCGUCGCAAUAACUUGCGGGGACAAGCAGAUUGUACCAUUAGCACAGCGUUAUCUACCUGGCAAAGAAAGGAAAAGUCCAUACUAUUUGGAAAUGGUUUUGCGUUUACCGCCGCGUUCGAUAACCAAGUUCUCCAUAGAAAUGGACUAUUCAUUUCUUAAAUGGCAAGAAUAUCCACCAGAUGCUAAUCAUGGAUUUUACAUGGGCUCAGCCAUAAUUACUGCGUUACUUCCGGUUGCAAGGAAUUACACUGCCCUGCCACUUGAUGGAAGUACCAUAACGUCAAGUUUUAACGCUUCGAGCGACGGAUAUUUGGUACAGCUAAGAACAGAAUCUUUACUCAUCAGUCUUCCCACACCCGAUUUCAGUAUGCCAUACAACGUAAUUUGUUUAGCGUGUACAGCAGUCGCCCUAGCGUUUGGCCCCCUUCAUAAUAUUUCAACGAAAAGGCUAGUUUUAAAACGAAUUGAAAAGGAUUCAAAAAAGAAAUUCUUUUCUUUCUUGAUGGAAAAGAUUGUUAAAUCAAAGAAACCAAAACAAGAAUAA